AUGCAUCAGCCAUUCGUUUCUUCAGUUUCAUCUCCAAAAUUUCAAUCCCAACAGCAUCAAGAACAUCCGUUGGUGUACCACAAUAUGUUCCAAGGAAGCCACACCCCUUUAGAUCUUGCUUAUUCGCAGUCGAUGCUACCUGCAAAUCUAUUAGCGUCAACACCUGGGCCUGUUCUUAGCCGGCCCUCAUUUGUGCCUGCUCAUUCACAGAAUCUGGUGGUGCCCCGCGGACACUCAGCGGUAUUGGUACCGAAUCAAUAUCCAGCAUACAACAAGGUCCAUUCCCAGUCUCAACAACCGUAUUUGACUUAUCCGUCAUCAAAUUCAAGCUUGGACCAGCUUCACCUUUCCCGGACCGUGCUUCUCAAGUACUUGGAUCCCAAAUUGACACUAAACGAACUUUUGUCGGAAAUCUCUUGUGGGCCCAUUGAGUACUGUAAAAUGUUUGAGAGCCCAGCGCCCCCUCAUAUGGAAGAUAUGGAGACAGUAAAAACGUGCUACAUUUCCUUCGUUAGCACAGCAGUUGCUGUGAAUUUUCAUCACAAGUAUGGCAAAAAUCCUUACAAUUUGAAAGCCCUUCAAGAUAAGUUAAAGAAUUCGAGGUACUUGAAAAUCAGCUUGAAUGAGCCUGUCCAUGCUGCGAGUGGAGCCUCCGGGCACACUAAUUUAAGCAAACAAGAUUACAUUAAGCUAAAAACUUUAAACUAUAUUAAUGACUUGAAUGCUACUCGCGCAGUGUUGCUCAAGUUUAAGAUUGCAAACACUGAUCUCAUCCCUUCUACAAAGGAGGAAAUUCGCACCCGUUGUUCGAAGUACGGCGAAAUUGAAGAUUUCAGAGUAUCGACAAAUGAAGAAAAGCAUGAGCUCAAAUUUUUAAUCCAUUUCACAUCUAUCGAUACUGCUAUCAAAAUAUAUGAGUAUCAUUUAAAGCGAAUUCAAAUUGAUCGUGAAAAUCAUUUGGACCUUGGAAGCGAGCCACUGCUCAUGUGUUUAUCUGUGAGCUUUCACCGUGAUAGAUGUGACCGUCAAAAUUCGUCUAAAUCGCGACAACCUUCCACUGUAUCGCGGCUUGACUCUUUCUCUUCUUCUUCUUCGCUUUCAUCGUCAUCACCUGCGAUGAUACGUCGGAAAUCUGCAAAUCCACUAAAUAUAACUGGCCUGAAGAUCAACGAACUGAAUAUAUCACCCCGGGGUAGCUUUACAGCAACUAAGCCAACUGAUGAGGAUUUACCCGAAGAAGCGAAUGAAGGUUCUCAUCCCAAAUCUCCAACUAUGGGAGACCCUCCAACAGAUGUUCAUCGUAACACAUUGGAGCAUUCUCGCUCUUCUGAGGAACUAGAGUCAAUCUCUUCAAGUUCCCCGAGUGCAGCAACUGAGUCCUUGCCUGCUGUAUAUGCGCAACAUUAUUCUGCCUCUGACCCACUUUUGCUUUACCAAACUACACCUUAUCAAAUGGCUGUACCUAUCCAACAAGGCCCACAAAUUAGCGUCCCAUCUUACCAACAUGCAUAUCAAUUCAACCCGGAUCCCUUUAAUGUCGGUAACCGAACUCUCUAUCUCGGCAAUUUGCAUCCUAGUACUUCCGUUGAAGAGAUUGCGAAUAACGUAAGAGCUGGUGGGUUGGUUGAGUCGUUCAAAUAUUACAAAAGCAAGAGGAUAUGUUUCAUUACCUUCGUUGAUGCAGCAGUUGCUUUGAAAUUUUAUUUGAACCACCAAGUCUUGCAUCAGUUGAUUGUUCAUGGCAGCGAAGUGAAUGUCGGUUGGGGUAAGAAUCAUUCUGGUCCUUUGAGUAGAGAAAUUUCAUUGGCCGUCACUGCUGGUGCAUCCAGAAACGUUUACAUUGGUGUAAGGCUGGCAGGUGAUGGAGAAGAAGCCGCCAAUACCAUGCGUCUUCCUGACGAACCAACCUUGAGGUCAGCAUUUGGAAAAUUCGGUGAUUUGGAGCAAAUUAAUUUCUAUCAUAAUAAUGAUUGUGGAUUUAUGAACUUCAUGAACAUUGUGGAUGCUAUUAAAGUUGUCGAAUUGUUUGAGAGUGAGAAUGUUGACAAGAUUAAUGAGAUUGCUGGUGAUAAUGGGGAGUUUUAUGAACACUACAGGCACUUCAAAAUCAGUUUUGGUAAGGACAGAUGUGGGAAUCCUCCUAAAUUCAACUAUAAAAAGAAAAUCAACUCAGUGGAUUUUAGAGAACCUUUCGGAAGUCAUCCGACAAGAGCAAGUGUUGGAACUAGAGACGAAAUCAAUCCAAUCAGUGAAGAAGCAGCAAUGGUUUUCGGUAUCAGUACUGACGCUUCUCAUCCAGCUCCCGCUCUUCAAACACUGAGUGAUGACUCCGAGAAUGAUAAAAACGGUUCCUCUGGUCAGAAGUCAAUGCCUGUUGAAGAUUCUCUGGAUGGUCUGUAUGACCAGAAAGCGGCUACAAAUGGAAAGGAUAAUCCUACGGGCGACGAAAAUAAGUCUGUGGAUGCAGAUAAGAAGGUAAGUGGGACAGAAGAAAAGCUUGACGAGGAGAUAAAAUGUGCGAACGUGACUAGUACUGAAUCUGUAUUUGAAGAAGUGCAUGGAGGUACGGAAAAGAAUGAUAUCAAAUCGAACACAAUUGAUGAACCUGUUAAGGAUGUUAAUGUGGACCCUGAACAUGAGGACGAGGACGAGGAUGAUGACGAUGACAUUUCCAUCAUUAUUGGAUCAGAUGUAACCACAUCAUCUCAUAAAACUAAGUCUAAGAGGUCUCGCAGAAAACAUGACAAGAUCUAUAAUCAUAAGUUUGGGCUGGCUGACAUUUUUGAUUAUAAUACUUCUUUGAACUCGGUACUGUCUUUGAGCUCUACAUAUGGGUACCCACCACCAUAUAAUUGCCCUCCUGCGAAUUAUGGUACCGGAUACCCCCAAGCAGUGUUCUAUCCUCCAGAGUCACCUUAUUUUGUCCAAGCCCAGCCGUCAUCAUAUUACAGCGUUCCGCUGCAGUCUAUUCCUGUCAGUCUGAUGUAUCCACAAGUCACGAAUCCUAUCCUGGCGAUGGGAAGUAAAGGAUCAUAUUUGGCAAGUGGCUCACAAGUCAUGGCGCAGUAUUUGGCGAGGUCACAACACGAAAACUAUGUUUAUGCGGCAAACAUAUUGAAUAACGAUGUUUCGGUGGAUGAUGUCAAGGAAUACAGGAAGCAUGGAAAAUGCAACACUCAAAAAUCUACAGAAUGA